GGCGUCCACAAGCAGUCAGCAGCCACAUCGUCCUCAGUGAGCCAAGAACAGGACCAGCCAUGAAGCUUACGGCAAUCGCACUGGUGUGUUUGGCAGCGGCAGUGGUAACACACGCCGAUCCCGAACCACACAAGUACCACCGUUACCCCUAUUACCACUACUAUCCUCACUACCAUCAUGUUGAGCCACUGGAGGGCGAUGGAGUGGCCAGGCAUCCAGGUGGCGGUACCUCCUUCGUGGCUCCUCAAGUUCACGGCCUCACUAAACGCUCAGAUGACUCAACGCCGAAAGCUGACCCUGAACCAGCAGCUGAUCCGGACACCACCAAUAGUUAUAGUUACCAAGUGGUCCACCAUGGCCACCCCCACUAUGGAUACCACCAUGGAUAUCGCUAUCCUUACUCUGGCUACCGCCACAACAAUUUCUAUGGCUACCCUCACAGAUACCACAGCCACCACAAGAGAUCAGUCGAAUCUGAAACCGAACCUGAACCUCAUUACAGCUAUUACGGACGCCGUCAAUACUACAACAGAUAUUAUCACGGUUAUCCCAACUACUAUCCUUACUACGCCGGCUACCGUUACCGCUACACAGGAUAAGGAAGAGGUCAGUAAUGGACUGCGGCAAGCACUGUGACGAUGGUCCUCUACCAGAUGUCUGAUAGUCCGGUUUGCUCACGCCGGUUUUUCAGACACAGACACACUUCGAAGGAAACGCACAACUGGCGGUCUUUAGAAUAUUGGAUCAGCUGAUACUUACUGUAAAAAAUAAAGGAUAGAGUCAUUA